AUGCUGUCUGCCGCCUCCCAGCGCAUCGCCAUCUUCUGCAUACCCGCCGCAUUUCUCGUCGCCACUUUCACCUUUUCCACUCUUUAUACCGGCUCCGCAACGGCGCCGUUCCGGGCCAUUGCCGGCUCGACGAAAACUUCCCCUCCCAAGGAUCACUCGACAUUUGCCGACAUCGUCGCUGAGCUCUACAGACCCAUCAAGGUCCCCGUCGACGCAAAUAACUACACGGACCAGCGGGGCAAGGUGUUCGAAAAUGGGGGUCGUAGCCACUGGACACAGGGCCUGGGAAAGAAUAUAGUCAUCGUCGACAUCGAUACAAGGGUCCCGGAUGGACCGAAUGAGAUAUUCAACCCACAGAAGAUCGACUGGGCGACGGGAAGCUCGAACAGCGGCGGCGUCCUGACUGCGUCCCUCGUUAACCAUUACAUGUACUCUCAAAUACACGGCUACGAAUACAAGUACUUUCACGCACGCCGCAUUGAUGGCCUCUGGGACACGUGGAUCAAGCCACACGUCCUCAAAGAGAUGCUUGAGCUGUACAGAUUUGUCGUCUUCAUCGACGCCGACGCCAUAAUCCAGCAUCUCGAGGUGCCCAUGGAAUUUCUCUUCAACCGCUGGAACAUCGCCCCCAAUACUUCCAUCGCCAUGCCCAUCGACACGCGUCAGGGCAACGAGGGGAUGAGCAUGGACAGCAAGGGGAAGGUUGUGCUGAACACGGGCGUCGUCGUGGCGCAGAGCUCCCGCCACACCUUUGACAUGAUGGACGCGUGGAGGACGUGCACAGACGAGACUAGAUACCCGGGCUGCGGAAAGUGGAAGACGAAGUGGAGCCACGAGCAACGCGCAUUCUCGGAAUUCAUUCGUUACGAUUUCAAUCCAGACGGAGACAACAUUGUCGAAAUCAACUGCAACGACGCAAACGGAUACCCAGGUCUCUUCGGCAAGGCUGAUGUCAUAGACGACUGCCAGGGCGAAUUCGUACGCCACUACACGCUCGAUAAGGGCAUGGCUAGGGCGAGCGUGACCGAAGCGAUCGCGCAAACCAUCAGCGAGGUGGUGCAGAGAAAUCUCCUCAAGACGAGGGAAUGGUUUUUCAUUGAGGAGGGUUGA